AUGCCUUUCCCUGCUGCUAAGCUCUUCAGCGUCGCCUUGCGACAGCUGUCCAAACCCAUGGCUGCUUAUCUGCAGAACUCAGCUCAGGGUAAUCAGUACUUCAAGACCGCAUGCGUCACGAUGGCGACACAUUACCACAUGCUGGAGCAGCGGAUCAUAAAUCGGUUCUACGACAAAGACGAGAAAAAUGUGUUUAUUCCAAGAUUGAAUGAAGACAAGGCGGUCAAACUCGGAGCGACCAUCAUCGGCGAGGCUUUUAUUUUUGGAGUGGCAGCGUCUGCACUCGUGAUGGAAUAUCGGCGGAGUACGCUGAAAGAAGCCGCGAAGGAGAAGCAAAUGCAGGAGAGGCUCAUGAUGCUAGAGGCCCAAAUACUGCAGCUCCAGAGCGAAAACGACCGAGUUCUGAAACGGAUUUUCCCAGACGAGCAGCACAUCAGGUCGUCCAUCGACGUAAAUUACGAGUCAGAAGGAUGGGUCAGCUGGCUCACGUCCUAUGUUCGGCAGCUCUCGCAGUCAGGAGAGGAACGCAAAUAG